AUGGCCAAGGGCUUCUACAUUUCCAAGGCUCUGGGCAUCCUGGCCAUCGUCCUGGGCAUUGCGGCCGUGUCCACCAUCAUCGCUCUGUCUGUGGUGUAUGCCCAGGAGAAAAACAAGAACGCUGAGAGCUCCCCAGUGAGCUCCCCGGUGAGCUCCCCGGUGAGCUCCCCGGUGAGCCCCACAAACCCCAGCACCACCGCGGCUACCACCUUGGCCCAAAGCAAACCUUGGAACCAUUACCGCCUGCCCAAGACUCUGAUUCCGAGCUCCUACAACGUGACGCUGAGGCCAUACCUCACCCCUAACAGUAAUGGCCUGUACACCUUCAAAGGCUCCAGCACAGUUCGCUUCACGUGCAAGGAGUCCACCAGCAUGAUCAUCAUCCACAGCAAGAAGCUGAACUACACCAACAUCCAGGGGCAGCGGGUGGCCCUGCGGGGCGUGGGGGGUUCCCAGGCUCCUGCCAUUGACAGGACCGAGCUGGUGGAGGUCACCGAGUACCUGGUGGUGCACCUGCGGGAGCCACUGCAGGUCAACAGCCAAUAUGAGAUGGACAGUAAGUUUGAGGGGGAGCUGGCCGACGACCUGGCGGGCUUCUACCGCAGCGAGUAUACAGAGAAUGGUGUCAAAAAGGUGCUGGCCACAACACAGAUGCAGGCUGCAGAUGCCCGGAAAUCCUUCCCGUGCUUUGACGAGCCAGCCAUGAAGGCCACGUUCAACAUCACCCUCAUCCACCCCAGCAACCUUGUGGCCCUGUCUAACAUGCUGCCCAGAGGUCCCAGUGUCCCUUUUACCGAAGAACCCAACUGGAAUGUCACUGAGUUUGAAACCACGCCUAUCAUGUCUACUUACCUGCUGGCCUACAUCGUUAGCGAGUUUAAGAAUGUGCAGGAGAACACGCCCAGUAAUGUCCUGAUCCGGAUCUGGGCUCGGCCAAGUGCGAUGGACCAAGGCCAUGGAAAUUAUGCCCUGAGGGUGACAGGCCCCAUCCUAGACUUCUUUUCCAGACAUUAUGACACACCCUACCCCCUCAAUAAAUCUGACCAGAUUGCCUUACCUGACUUCAAUGCUGGUGCCAUGGAGAACUGGGGGCUGGUGACCUACCGGGAGAGUGCGCUGUUGUAUGACCCGCAGUCUUCCUCCAUCGGCAACAAGGAGCGCGUGGUCACUGUGAUUGCUCAUGAGCUGGCCCACCAGUGGUUUGGGAAUCUGGUGACCUUGGAAUGGUGGAAUGACCUGUGGCUGAAUGAGGGCUUUGCCUCCUACGUGGAGUACCUGGGCGCUGACUAUGCAGAGCCUACCUGGAAUCUGAAAGACCUCAUAGUGCUGAAUGAAGUAUACCGUGUGAUGGCGGUAGAUGCGCUGGCCUCUUCCCACCCUCUGUCCUCGCCUGCCAGCGAGGUCAACACCCCGGCCCAGAUCAGUGAGGUGUUCGACUCCAUCUCCUACAGCAAGGGAGCUUCUGUUCUCAGGAUGCUCUCCAGCUUCCUGACUGAGGACCUGUUCAAGAAGGGUGUGGCAUCCUACCUUCAUACCUUUGCCUACCAAAACACCAUCUACCUGGACCUGUGGAACCACCUGCAGUGGGCUUUAGGCAAUCAGACAGCCAUCAACCUGCCUUACACAGUGAACGCCAUCAUGGACCGCUGGAUCCUGCAGAUGGGCUUCCCCGUCGUCACUGUGGACACCACCACAGGCACCCUCUCCCAGAAGCACUUCCUUCUUGACCCUCAGUCCAACGUCACCCGCCCCUCAAAGUUCAACUACCUGUGGAUUAUACCCAUCUCUUCUGUCAAAAGUGGCACACAGCAGGCACACUACUGGAUGCCAGACAAUGCAAAAGUCCAGAAUGACCUGUUCAAAACCACCGGUGAUGAGUGGGUCCUGCUGAACCUCAAUGUGACGGGCUACUACCUGGUGAACUAUGACCAGAACAACUGGAAGAAGAUCCAUACUCAGCUGCAGACAGACCUGUCGGUCAUCCCUGUCAUCAACCGGGCUCAGGUCAUCCAUGACACCUUCGACCUGGCCAGUGCCCAAAUCGUCCCUGUCACUCUGGCGCUGAACAGCACCCUCUUCCUGAACCAAGAGACAGAGUACAUGCCCUGGGAGGCCGCCCUGAGCAGCCUGAGCUACUUCAAGCUCAUGUUCGACCGCUCUGAGGUCUACGGCCCCAUGAAGAACUACCUGAGGAAGCAGGUCACACCUCUCUUUAAUCAUUUUGAAAAAAUCACCCAAAACUGGACCGAUCACCCACAGACCCUCACAGAACAGUACAACGAGAUUAAUGCCGUCAGCACCGCCUGCACUUAUGGGGUUCCUAAGUGUAAGGACCUGGUCUCAACUCUUUUCGCAGAGUGGAGGAAGAACCCCCAAAAUAACCCGAUCUACCCCAACCUGCGGUCUACCGUGUACUGCAACGCCAUUGCCCAGGGUGGCGAGGAGGAGUGGAACUUUGUGUGGGAGCAGUUUAGGAACACUUCGCUGGUAAACGAGGCUGACAAACUCCGCUCAGCCCUGGCAUGCAGCACCCAGGUCUGGAUCCUGAACAGGUACCUGAGUUACACCCUGAACCCUGAAUUCAUCCGGAAGCAAGAUGUCAUCUCCACUCUUAGCAGCAUCGCCAGCAAUGUCAUCGGGCAAAGUCUGGCCUGGGACUUCAUUCAGAGCAACUGGAAAAAGCUCUUUGAGGACUAUGGCACCGGCUCCUUCUCCUUCUCCAACCUCAUCCAGGCAGUGACCCGACGAUUUUCCACUGAGUUUGAGCUGCAGCAGCUGGAGCAAUUCAAGGCAAACAACAUGGACACGGGCUUCGGCUCAGGCACCCGGGCUCUGGAGCAAGCCCUGGAGAAGACCAAAGCAAACAUCAAGUGGGUGAAAGAAAACAAGGAGGCAGUACUCCAGUGGUUCAGAGAAAACAGCCAAUAGUCCUUGGUCCUUACCAUCACCUGGCCCCCACGGGAGAUGCCUGUAUGUGCCUGUCCCUGUGGCCCACAGCAGGACCCCAUGUCGGACCCUGAGGCAAUGGUGUCCUCCCCUCAGGGACAAAGUCUCUGGCCCAUGUUUUCUCCACUCUGCCCAUGGGGGCCAGUCCAGUUCCCAAUGGCCAGACUGUCCAAGCACCUCCCAAGCCGCUGCCCCUCAUGCCAACCCCUACCCCAGGACUGGCCUGGUGUCUGUCACCCAGGGCCCUGGGGCUGAUCUCAGGGAAGCCCAGCUCUAGGGCCAGAUGAGCAGAAGCCCUUGAUGGACGAUGGAUGGCCUUAGGGGAGCAGCCCUGUGCCCUCUCUCACCUUUCCAUAGAGAUCCUGAACCUGAAGAAUCAACAGGGGACAAGAUCUAUAUAUUUUUUUUUCUAAGAGAAAAUGUAAAUAAAGGAUUUC